GGUGUUUAUACUACUAUGUUACUUUCUUAAACAUUUUCUCGAGCGAAUGAACCGAUGUAUAUUUUAUGUAGUAACUAGCACGCACAAGUUAAAAAAAAAAACAUGCGUAUCACGGCGAUUGUACCAAAUGCACACUUCCGGAAUCACGGUUCUUUUCCGCAGCGAAGAGUUUAUCUGGCUAUAGUUAGCACUUUAGCAUGCUAAGCCAGCAGUUUCCUUCUCCAUCAGUGCACUAUUGAGUUUGUCUGCCCGCAGACAGAAUAACCUUUGAAUAGGGCACUGCGUGUUUAUAGAAAGACGUAAAUGUGUAAACGGCUGGCUAAGACAUGAUAUAAUAUGAGGUUAAAUAGUUAUUUUACAGAAUUCAUGUAGCAUAGCUCAACCACUUGCAGGCAUCUGACGUGUAGCCCGUUAGCGUUAGCCGCUGGCUUCAGUCUGAAGCUUUAACUAAACUGCAUGUUAAUUUUAUAUAAGCUUAAAAAUAUAAUUUUCUUCCCUCCAACCACGAAUUUUGCUGUAAAUACACAAGCGUUGGUUACCAGCGGCUGUGCUCUGAUUUUCAGCCUGACUAGCUUGUUAUGACACAACAAGAGGCAAAACCGUUCAAAUAUGAUGGCAAAAACAUACUGUGCUUUAAUAUUUCUAGACUUGCUGUGAUUUUGAUCCCGGUCAUAUAAAUGUGGAAAAACGAAGCUAGAUUUGACUGCCAAUUAGCGAGCAAGUGUUUAUUUGGGUUAGGAUCGGGGUCAAUGGGGUCAAUGCUGGGUGUUUACCAUAGAUGUAUAUAUAGUAUACUCGAGCAGCAACUCUUAGUCCUUGUUCUGACGAAGCCCAGCACUUCAGGACCAGGAUUGAGAACAUCUUAUGGUGUGCUAUUAGUGGAUUGAGUUUUAAAGCCUGUCCCGUUGAAUCACUCCUCUCCAGGGUUUAGAUUAUCACAGAUCAAAAGGACAGUAUGGCCACCACUGUCGCAGUCAGCCCCAGUGAAUAUCUCCAGCCCUCCACCAACACCUCUCAAGACUCCCAGCCCUCCCCGCUGGCACUUCUGGCGGCUACCUGCAGUAAGAUCGGGCCUCCGGCUGCCCAGGCCCCAGUCAGCACGCCACCAUCUCAACCAACCACGCGCCGUCUGCACCCUAUCAAGCCCGCUCCUAUUGCCCCGGCUCCACCCAAAAACCUUGGAUUCCUCUCAGCAAAGGGAAAUGUUAUCCAGCUGCCCGCUGGACUUGGUUCGUCAGGGGCCAGCCCUUUUGUCUUCACUAUUCAGAGCCCUACACGUCCAGCAGGCACAUCCACUGCCAACAUCCAGUACCAAGUGAUUCCUCAGUUCCAGGGGUCUCAGACCAUUCAAAUGAUGCCUCAGGGAGGACAGAUCCAGAUCAUCCCCGGAACCAACCAGGCCAUCAUCACCUCACCCGUCACAGUUCAGACCACCACACCAGCCCCGCCACCUCUGGCCCCGGCCCCCCAGCAGAAGACGCUGGCGAUCAAGCCGUCUUCUCAGAAGCGGCGGCAGAAUAAUGCCAGCAUAAAUGCUAACUUUGUACGGCUCCCUAGUGGACUCACACUCCCACUCAAUGUUAGUGCGAGUGAGAUUGUUACAGAGACUGCUGCUGCUCCAGUGAAGGGAAAGAGGGGGAGGAAGAGACAGGUGGCUAUAGCUCCGCCCACUCCGAAUCCUCAACCGGCCUCACCGCCACCUGUAGCUGAACAAGUCGAAACCUUGCUAAUAGAGACCACAUCCGACAACAUCAUUCAGGCAGGAAAUAAUUUCCUGAUCGUGCAGAGUCCAGGGGGGGGUCAGCCUGCUGUGGUGCAGCAGGUGCAGUUGGUUCAGCAGAAAUCAGAUCAGCAGGUCGUUCAGAUCCCACCGCAGGCUCUAAAAGUUGUACAGGCCGCCUCUGCCACACUUCCCCCUGUACCACAGAGACAGACAGUCACGCCCAGUGUGCAGGUGCCCUCCCCAGAACCCACACAGUUGCUGUUUAAAACGGCCUCAGGUGAAUGGCAGGCUGUACAGCUACAGGAGACAACAGUUACCACACCAACAACACCCACCAGCACGCCCACACCUGCCAUGGUCGCUAAAAAGUCUCAAACAGGGACAAGGAAAGAAAGGACUCUCCCUAAGAUCGCCCCGGCUGGAGGGGGGCUGAUAACACUGAACGCAGCCCAGCUGACAUCUGCUGCUCAGGCAGUUCAGACCAUCAAUAUUAAUGGUGUCCAGGUGCAGGGUGUUCCUGUUACAAUCACCAACGCUGGGGGCCAGCAGCAUCUCACAGUGCAGACGGUUCCAGGUGCGGGUCUGCAGCUGGGUGGUGUGCAGACACAGACGCAGAUCAUGCAGGUGGAACAGACGCAGACACUGGAACUGCAGAGUCAGCCAGGAGAGAAAAAGCGGCGCAUGGCCUGCACCUGUCCAAACUGCAAAGACGCAGAAAAGAGGCCAGGAGAGGUGGGGAAAAGAAAACACAUCUGUCACAUAGCAGGCUGUGAAAAGACCUUUCGAAAGACUUCGCUGCUGCGGGCGCAUGUCCGACUGCACACGGGAGAGAGACCCUUUGUGUGCAGCUGGGUCUUCUGUGGAAAACGAUUCACACGCAGUGACGAGCUGCAGCGACACGCCAGGACACACACGGGAGACAAACGCUUUGAGUGCAACAAGUGUCAGAAACGUUUCAUGCGGAGUGACCACCUCACAAAGCAUUACAAAACACACAUCAACACAAAGAGCCUGUGAACGUCGUCUUUCACAGGCUUUCGAGAACUUGAUGGGGAUCAGAAAGAAAAACGCUGUUCCCAGGGCUUGUGAGAUGGGAGCAUUCCCUGGAAGAUCACCUGUUUUCACCAGCCGUUUCAGGGUAAACUACACUUCUUUUUUUUUACUCUCCCUCAUCAACAGAGGAACGCUGGCUGGCCGUAAAGUGUGGCCCUCAACUGGGAUUCAUGAAGAACAUGGAUGCCAGUUGUGUUUUGGCUGAUUCCUCUGUAAUACAAAGCAGAAAAGACCUCUGUCUUGGCACCAACAGACACUCGAAACCGCUACUUUUCCCCCUGCACUUAAACUUUUUCACGUUUUUGGUUGUUUUAGCUAAACCAAGCCCCUCACAAGAAGUGUAGCAGCUAAUGGACAGUGUUUCCUGGCUUUUAUUGUGUAAAUGUUUGUUUUCAUGCAUACAAACAUACAUACUAUGGCAAAUUUGAAUACAAAAGUGACGCUUUGGACAAACUCUUUGACUCAGUUGACAUGUUUUUUUUUUUUUUUUUUUAAGUCUGCUUUGGAAUUUUAAACAGAAGCUUGAAACUUUGUAUAACUUUAGUUGGUUGUUUUUAAUAUUAGUGGUUUGGAAAUGAAAUAUUUGGCUUUUACAUACUUGGCCAUGUUAGACUAUCAUGUUUUAUAUAGAGGAGAUAAACAGGAGGGUAAAUAUCUUGGGACUUGCUACACGUUGAAAGGUUGAUCUUCAUCAUAAGGAAUAACUUAUAAAAAAACAAAAAAAAACAAAGCUGAAAUGGCAUUGGAUGUAUGCAGGUUGUGUCUUUAUUAAAACACUGCAAAUGUGUCGGUUCAAAAAAAAAAUUGAUAAAGAAAAACUGUGUGUAUAUGUUCUCGUGUAAAGCAGGAUGAAAUGUCUCACAAAACAGGACGCAAUGUAAUGAAAAUGUGAUUGAAUGCUUUAUUUCAUUGAAGGUACUUGUAAGUCCAUGCUGAUGGAUUUAAUGGUUAGCUAAUUUCAGUCAUUCCUUUCAAGGUGAUCCAAGUUUUUGUCCAAGCUCUCUAAAAGAGGCCUUAAGAAGAAAAAGAAAUCUGUGCUCAUGUAUGUUUGUAUAGUGUCUGAGUUCGCGCUCUUGUAUUUGGGUGUAAAAUGUAGGAUAAUUGUUACACAAACGUGUAUUGGCUAUUGCUGCCAAACAUGAAAGAUAUGGACUGUGUACAGUAUAAAUGAGAAGGAAAAAACAAUGUUGUAUAGUUUCAUUCCUAAUAGAUUACCCUUUUUAUUGACUAAAAGUUGCCUUAGUCUGCAGCACCCCAUAUUUAAAGAGAUUUGUCUUUUUCCAGGGAAUUGCAUUUGUAGACCUGCUUUAUUAUUAAUAUUAUUUUUUUUGUUUCCUUUUAUUCAUUUUUGUCUAACUUAUAAAGUGUGAAGAAAUGCCAAUUUAUGUGCACUGACCAAAUUCAGGGUUUUCACUGAGUGGGUAAUUCAAUUUUUUGGUUCAUGUACCUACAUCUGAUUUGACAGAAUAAAAAGUUCUUUAUCUAUCCUUGAUAAACCCCACAUUUAAAGAGCCCUGGUUUUGAAAAUCGGUAGGUAACCCUGUGUUUGUAUAACUUGUAUUGAGGAGCUUAGACCAGACAACUUGCUAUCUUUUUCUACAGUCAGACCACCGCUCCCACUCACCCAAUAAAGCAUAACACAAAACAC